CAGAUUCGCUGUUGAAGAGACGCUUGAAAAAAUGAACUCCUGAAUAGCUGUCAAGAUCAUCACAGAAAAAACAUCUAAAAGACGCACACAAAUCUGUGACUAAAUAAGCGAAAACACAGACAAAUAUAAUAAGUUCGUAGUAAAUCGGAGUAGUGAUGGAGGGUCAGGAUAAUGCAGAUCAAGGUGGCAGUGAUCAGUCUGAAAUACAGCGCAGGAGACAGCUGGAUCGUCUGGCCCGAGAGGAGGCCUUCUAUCAGUUUGUCAACAAUCUAAGUGAGGAGGACUACAGGCUAAUGAGAGACAACAAUCUGCUUGGCACCCCUGGUGAAAUUACAGCAGACGAACUGUUGAGUCGUCUUCGGCAAGUCAAGGAUGGCCCUGAGCCGCCGAGCAGUGGCACCACUGAAGAGAGGAGUGAAGGGCCUAGUGCAACAGAGUCGGAGGGCACUGAGGAAAACCCCAGUGGGGAGACUCUUCUGGAUUGGCUAAACACAGUACGACAGACGGGUAAUACAACAAGGAGCGGUUACCGGGGUAACCAGUCAUGGCGGGCUGUAAGCCAAACCAAUCCCAACAGUGGAGAUUUCCGCUUCAGCUUGGAGAUCAAUGUCAAUCGCAACCUAGCUGAACAGCAAACGCAGACCGAGAGACUGGAAGGGGGCCAGGAACAACCAGAUGUCCCAAUGUCUGAGCCUGAAAGUCUUGUGGAGCCGGCAGAGGUGGUUGAGGAACCAGUGCUGGAUGAGUUGGCUGUUAUAGUAGAUCCAGAGCUGCAAGUUCCCAGCUCCCUGUCUUUAAACAGGGAGGUUAGGGCACCAAAUCCACCAACCUCAACUCCCCCAGCUUCAACUCCGCCAGCAUCAACUCCGCCAGCAUCAACUCCGCCAGCAUCAACUCCGCCAGCAUCAACUCCGCCAGCAUCAACUCCGCCAGCUUCAACUCCGCCAGCUUCAACUCCGCCAGCUUCAACUCCGCCAGCUUCAACUCCCUCAAUCUCAACUCCCUCAAUCUCAACUCCCUCAAUCUCAACUCCCCCAAUCUUGCCUCCAGUGGAGCAACCACGCAGGGGUCAAAUAAGGGCUCGCAGCAGAAGCCCAGAGCAGCGACGGACAAGGGCUCGCACUGCAAGAGGUCGUUCGCCUCUCAACCUCGAGAGAUUGGAUGGAAUUUCUCCUACUCAGCACGGCCUACCUAAUCGCAAUUCGGAGACCCUUCCUGAGCCCCAGGUGGAGGGCAGCUCAAGGACUCGGCAACUGUUUUUGUCUCGGCAGAGCACCGUAGAAGCUGAACCUCAAGAAUUGGGAGCAGAAGCCCCCGAGGCACCACAGGAAAGAGAGGCACCUGCUGGAGAAGCAGGAGCUUCAGGUCGACGUCCUCCAACCAUAAUGUUGGAUUUGCAGGUACGUAGGGUACGUCCUGGAGAGUACCGCCAGAGAGACAGCAUUGCCAACCGUACAAGGUCUCGGUCACAGACCUCCAACAACACUUUAUUAUACGAGACUGAACGUGGGGGCUUCCGCCGGACCUUCUCCCGUUCUGAACGGGCGGGAGUGAGGACGUAUGUCAGCACCAUCCGCAUUCCCAUUCGCAGGAUCUCUGAUACCGGACUGGGGGAAGCCACUUCUCUGGCUCUGCAGUCCAUGAUUCGGCAGAUCAUGACUGGCUUUGGGGAACUUAGCUACUUUAUGGACUCUGACUACCCUGAGUCGAGCCGUGAAGACAACCCAUCAGCAGACCUUGUGGAUGCACUGGGCAAUCCUGAUGCUUCUACUGAAACAGCUUCUUCUGAAGCAGAUUCCUUUGUUCCUGGAGCUGGAAGCUCAGACCAGGAUGGUUUGGAGGCACAGACAGAGGAAAUGGAAGUGGAAGGUGGAGUGCCCGGCGCUGCAACUCCUCUGGAAAACAGAGCCAGACCACGUGCACCCAUUAGCUUGGACGAGACUGGAUCUCUUCCCUUUCUACGACUCGCGCACUUCUUCUUGCUAAAUGAGGAUGAUGAUGAUCAGCCUAGAGGCCUCACCAAAGAACAGAUCGACAACCUCUCCACACGAAACUUUGGCGAGAGCGAUGCGCUUAAAACCUGCAGCGUCUGCAUUACGGAGUAUGCCGAAGGCAACAAGUUGCGGAAGUUGCCCUGCUCGCAUGAGUACCAUGUGCACUGUAUUGACCGCUGGCUUUCAGAGAACUCAACCUGCCCUAUCUGCCGUAGGGCGGUUCUUGUUUCCACUAACCGAGAGAGUGUCGUCUAGCCAAAAUUGGUUCGGUGGAACGCCGACAUGUUUCUUGCCUCUUUCCUUCCCUUUACAUUUAGUACCUAGUUAUUUGAGGACUGUCAUGCAGAUUUUUCAGUACAUCCUAUAUGAAGCCAUCAAGUUUACGAGAUUCGCUGGAGUUGGCCAGGAACAAGUUUAUUUUCAAACAAAAAUGAGUGUAUUCCGACUCAUCUUGCAAUGGAAUACAUUUUGAUUCAAGACAAAACAGACGUAGACCAUGCUGCAAGCCCUGAUCAUUCACUUGUAUUGAAAAUCAACAAUGUCAUUCAACAACAUUAUAUGAUGUGCAACGUGCAUACGCUUUCAUACUAUACAAAUUUGAAUUUAAGUUAGUAUUAUAUAUCAGAUUUCAACAAAGAUUAUGUUUAAAUAAAACGUAACUAUUUGAUAACAUUUGCAGACCUGUAAGCUUGAAGAAUAGUGACUAGUAAUCAAACAUUAAUCACUUGAGACAAAUGCAAUUCGAUUGGAAGAUAGUCCCAACUUUUAAACAGUGCUGCGGUUAUUCAAACUAUUAUCAUUAUUUUUUUCAUACAGUGUUGGUUGUGUUUCAGUAUGAAAGAAUGGUCUGUUUUGUACCAGUUCCCCAAUUGUCGUAAAUGUCCAUGUAAAGAUAAACAGUAGGAAAUUCAAGUUCUGAAUUUAAUAGGAUUUGGUAGUUUAAAGUGUUCUGUAAUGUUGGUUUUUGAAACCCAUGUUUUCAGACGCUUUCCAAACACACACAAAUGCUGUAAAUAUGCUUCACAGAUCCAUCCGGUUUUAUUUCCCCCCAAUUUGUACUAUUAUAUCAGAUGUCUGACUCACAACAAACUUGGCUACAUAAAGGCAAUGUUUUGCAAUGCUUAUAGGGAAAAUGUAAAGGAUGAUUUGACAUUGACUUGUAUGUUGUAGUCUGUAAAUAUUAACAUUCAAAAUGAAGACUUAAACCGAAGUUUUUCUAACAGUUCUGUACAUGGAAAAAUAGCAACAUUUAUCUUUAAUGCGGAGGAAAUUAUUUUUCUCAUUAUGUAAUGGUUGGUUUAUAUGGGUGCUAAUUACAUUAGUCCCAUUAGAGUAAAGAAAUGCAGUGUUAUUAUUUAGGAACAAUAUAUGAAAUACCUGUUUUCAUUGUUUCCGUGUUGACUUUAAAAGCCUAACCUUAACAUAAUAUCCCCAACAAUGAGUUACAUCAGCAUUUCAUAUAUUGUAAGCAAGCAAACUGUUGUAAAUGCAUAUUAUUGCAAAUCAGUUCUGAGGUCAAUAGAAUUGAUAAAUUUUGUCUUGAUAUUUAUAGGUUAUAUUUUUGACUCAUUUUCAUAGUCAUUUUUGACCAGCUUCCAAUGUUUAAAAUGAAUAAAAUUAUUUCCUCACCUGUCCAUUGCUCUGUGGCCUCACCAGUGUCCCAUCAUAUUAAGUGCUGCUUAAAUCAUUGCUCUGUUAUCACAAAAUGAAGUUAAGCAAUACCUCCUGCUCUUGAACAACUCAAGAAUAUGCUGUGAAAAGUUUAUUACCCAACACUGGUUCUACACACCCUUGACAUAUGUAUUUAUUUUUAUUUUUUUUUGCAAGGUUUGGUUCAAGGUUUGAGCUUUAAUGAAUAAUUGAUUUUCCAGAAGUUUUCCAGUUUCGGAUUGGAUGAGUUCACAAGGUGUCAUUUCCUUGCCAGUGCUUGCUGCACAGAUAUUGCACAAUUUCCCCAGUCUGCUUGGCCGAAAGACAGCUUCAACUUGAUCAGUCUGUUCCAGCUUCAUCAAUCCAUAAUGUUAUUUGUAUAGUACAAUAAAGAUAUGUACAGCAACACUACUGGAAUGGUUUGUCAUAGCAUACUCAAUACUACCAUGAUGCAUACUUACAAUCUUACUUUCCGAAUGUUCUUUAAAUAAUAAAGAAGCCUAAUUUUUUUC